AUGUUCCCAAUCUUGCGCCAAAUCGGUUUCGGCGGUACAGUGUUGCGUUUGUCAUCCGAUGUCUCAUUUUUUUUCCCUUUUGAAUCUCCGAUGGUGCGGAGAAGUUUGAUGGUCUUGUUUGAGUGGAUUCGUCACAUUCGAGUUCCGAAUCAAGAUCAAUGCAGCGACUCGCUUUCGAUCGACAAUCAGAUAUCGAGGCUCGAGCUUGAAAAGAAAGCGUGGCACAAUGGUAAGGUGCUGGCAGAGGAAUUUGCUGAUCGAACAGGAACAAAGCAUUCAACGACCAGGCUUGAGUUCGAGUUCGAGAAGGCCGAAGUCGAGACUCGCAAGAGUCAGGAACCCAAAAUCAAGGGUGGCGCUUCGACCUUCAGAUCAACAGCCAUCUCCCGCUCGAAUGCCGCGGUGUCAGGUCUGGUUUUGACUUGUGUGACGCUGCCGUGCGAUUUGAGCAAAUCCUGA